GCACUAGCAUUAUGUAAAUUAGUCUGUGGUGGUUACAUUUGACAAUUUCAAUUUUCAAUUUUCAAUUAAUUGAAUAUUUUAUUUGAUUAAACACCUAGAGCUUUUAUCAGUGUGUAGAAUUUAUUUCAUUCAAGUUCGCUAUACAUGGAUUUUAUAUCUUCUCUUCCAUCUGGAGCAGGUAAAUAAUCCCACACAUUCUUUGGAACUAUUUCCAUAGUAAACUGAACGACUUGGAGGCUUAACCUGGUUUUGUUGUUAAAAUUAAUUUGUAAAAUGUUUGCUCUUCGCAAACCGGUGUUUACUUCUCGUUUUUUAUCUACAGUUGCCAAGGCUAUGAACGAUCAUGGUAUUGUUCCAGAUGUCCUGAAAGACGCACCUGACAAUCUAAUUCAAGUUUCUUAUCCUAAUGAUGUAGUAGUAAAAUUGGGGAACGAGUUAACACCUACUCAAGUUAAAGAAAGGCCUUCUGUUUUGUGGGAAGCUAAUGCCAAUAGUUUCUACACAUUGUGUAUGACUGACCCUGAUGCUCCAUCACGUGCAGAACCUACAUUUAGAGAAUGGCACCACUGGCUUGUAGGUAAUAUACCUGGCAAACAAGUACCACUAGGUGAUGUUUUGUCAGAUUAUAUUGGUUCGGGUCCACCAGAAGGUACUGGCCUUCAUCGAUAUGUCUUCCUUGUUUUUCAACAGAAUGGCAAAAUAGCUUUUGAUGAGCCACGUCUUCCAAAUAAUUCUGGUGAUAAAAGGGGAUGUUUCUCCAUCGCAAAAUUCGCCGAAAAAUACAAAUUAGAACUGAUCGCAGGCAAUUUUUAUCAAGCUCAAUAUGAUGACUAUGUUCCCAUCUUAUACAAACAAUUAGGAGAAUAACAUGCAAAUAAGUAUUUAGUCUUUGUUAAUAAUGUACUGCGGUAAACAUUCAAUUUAUUAUUAUAUUUUUACCUUUUA